CUAGUUAUAUACUUACAAUAAUAAACUUUAUUUUUAUCGUUUGAAGUGUAAUAAUUGUUCAGUUAAAAGUUGAAAAUGCCUGCAAAAGUGAAAGUAAAGAUACUCGCUUGUCGCAAUUUACCAGUUAUGGAUAAAUCAAAUGACACAACUGAUGCAUAUGUUGAAAUUAAACUCGGAAAUGUUACAUUUAAAACAGAUGUGAAAAGAAAAUCUUUGAAUCCAACUUUCAAUUCAACAUGGUUUCGUUUUGAAAUUGAUGAUUUAGAAAUUCAAGAUGAACCAUUAACGAUUCGAGUUAUGGACUACGAUACAUAUUCUGCAAACGAUGCUAUAGGAAAAGUUAGUUUAAACCUAAGCCCACUUUUGUUGCAAAAAGAUAUCAGCAGAGGAAUGAACGGAUGGAUUCCUAUCUACGAUACAAUGAAUGGAAUACGUGGAGAAAUUAAUUUUAUUGUAAAAGUUGAACUGUUUUCCGAUUCUAAUAAAUUCCGUCAAAGUUCUUGCGGGGUUCAGUUCUUCCACUCAAACACGAUUCCUUAUGGUUACCACGCAAUCAUACGAGGUUUUGUCGAAGAGCUUGCUGUUGAUGAUGAUCCUGAACAUGACUGGUUGGAUAAAAUUCGAAGAGCGUCUGCAUCUAAUGAGGCUCGUCAAACUACAUUCAUGAGGCUGGCGGGACAAGUGCAACGAAAAAUAGGAUUAAAAGCUUUAAAUAUGGGCGGAAAUGCUGUUGUGGGCUAUCGACAGAACUUCGAUCUUGAAAAGGAUACAAUUGUGUCUCGUGGAAUCGGAACAUGCGUGACUUUAGUGAAAAUACAAAAUGAGCCAAAUCCAAGUUCCAAUGUUACAGAAGAUGAAUUGAAGUCUGAUUAUGCUUCUAAAUCUAACGAAGAUAUCAAAUCAUAUCGAAAAUGUGUGUCUGAUUCUGGCUCUACUAAGACCGGAAGUAGUUUCAUUAAUACUGAACAUUCUAAGUCGCUUUUGAGUGUCCCAUCAAUUUGCGUUGAUAACAUAGAUUCUGAAUCCAAUUUUUCUAAUGCUUUUGACACAUCCUCGAUCUCUGAAGCAGAUUCUUCAAUUUUUGAUACAAAUUCUGUGACUGAUCCAGAAACCAUUAGUAUGAUAGUACGAAAUAUUGAAAAUAUUGAAAGUAAAGAAUCUGAAUCGAAAAAUGUUGAAGCAGAAAUCGCAAUACCUAAAACCUCCACAACUGAUGUUCUUCUCAAUGUCAGAAGUGAUCAUAAACAUGAUUUUAUUCAUGAUUUGAAAGAUUCACUUCAGACAAGAUUUCAUCAUUUAAGUGGAAACAAUAAGAAGCAUGAAAACUCUAAUCAUGGAAAAGAACAACCUUUAUUAAAUGAACAUGGAAAGUCGAGGGAAAUUUUACAUGAUUUUAAGGAAAACAUGAGUGAAAAAUUUCAUCAAAUUGCUGAGAAGUUCCACAAUCUUCAUAUGCCACAUUUGCCCUCGUCUCAUCAUAAUGCUAUGCGUUCUGAUGGUCUUACCGCUCAAGGACUAGAAACGAUGCUUAUGGAUAAAUUCAACAUUGUUGAAGCUUGUUCAUCGGCAGAAGUAACUCAAAAACGAAAAUCGAGCGCUUCUAGUCUUCAAUCAAUUAAAGAAAAGUUCAACGUUUUUCAACGUCCUAAGAGACCAGUUGAGCUCAUAAGUGAAACAAGCAGUUUAAGAUCUAUAUCUGAAGUGAAUUGCAGUACUCCUAUUGCUAUGGAAAAAUCUACGAAAGAUAUAGGAAAACAUACAGAAAAUGAUGAAUCGUCAUCGCCAUUAGAACCGAGAAGUCAUGAAGAAACAGAAUCUUGCACAUCGAAUGAUUCUUUUGUGACCGUUCUUUCGCGCAAACAUUUCAGAGACAGUGUUGAUGAAAAUGAUUCCCACAUUACCCCUCAUAAAACAUUGUCUGAACUCACUACAUUUGCUAAUACUAACAAAAAACCUUUGCAUGAAUCCCUCUUGUCAUUAUCUAGAAAUGAGCCACUGUCAACGUCGCCAAAUUUUAAGCUACAUCCGAGAACUGAGUCUGUAGGUUGUAAAUUUUCGGCGAGUCCUUCGAAAAAUGUGUCAAGUUCUUUAGGACGUGAUCAGAUGUCUUCAGGAAUUCACAGACGUUCCAGCGAUUCCGAUCUUAGUAUCACUCCAAAAGGAUAUCACAUGCGAAAACGCAAUUCAUUAACACCACAAUAUGAUCGAAUAUCAAAAAUGCCAAGUGCAGUUUUAAAACCAAUGAAUCAGGAAAACAUGGACAUGCUUGAAUAUCCUUUCAUGACGCUAACAAAAUACCCAGCUGGUUUUAUUGUUCAUAUUGGUGCAACCGUGUCAGCUAGAAGCGUCAAGCUAUUGGAGAAAGUAGCUGAGAAGGAUGACAUUGAAGCAAGAGAUUCAUGGUUUAAUGAAUUGAGAAUGGAGAUUCGAGGACAUGCCAAAUCUCUUGGCUGUAAUGUGAUUUUGGGUUAUGCUGAAUAUGCGGAUAUUUGCGAUGACGUCACAGUGUUAUCAGCAACAGGAACUGCAGCAGUCAUAAAUUUUCAACACGGGUCUGAAAUGGCUAACGUUAUAAAUCCAUUGACUACAUCGGUAGAGGAAAGUGUUCAAAUACUGGAAGAGAACAGUGGAGUAAAAAUGGUCACAUCAACAACAGAAUCAGAAGUUAAACCUAACGAUGAAGGAACUGAAAACGGAUUUAACAGCUCAACAAAUAUGCCAUUUCCAAGCACAGCGCAAAACUUUUGUAGUUUGUGUCAUAUUCCAUAUUCAAGGUCAUCGAUCCAUAUUGGAGGCGCAAACAUCGGAAAGUGUUGUAUUUGCAAGCGUGGUUAUGUUCCAGACGUCAUUUUAGCGACCAUUGAACUUCCAGAAGGUCUUUCAAUUAUCGGAACGGGAUGUUUGAUUCAAGCAACAGUAUGUCGACCCAAACGGGACCUUAAAUCCGAAUCAAAUGCCAAAGAAAUAUCCGAUGCACUUCCUUUCCUUGAAUAUGAACUUCAUCGUUUACUAAUAAACAAACUCAAAGUGAAGGGAAUGAAUGCAAUAUUUCGGCUCUCUGUGCAAGUGACAGUUGGUGACAAGAUGAUGGCUUUGAUUGCUACUGGAACUGCUGUUUAUUUAUCGGCACUUCAUGCUUCGGUUGUUCCGAAAAUAGUCGCUGGAAAUUCAUGGAAUGACUCAUCAGACAAGCUUGCUGAGCUUCAGAAAUCAAUCCAGUUAACAGUCGAAAGAAAUCGAGAAAUGUACCAACUUGUCAAUAUUCAUCAUAAUGAUGUCGACAUCCGAAACUUGAAUCGAAACUUUUCUGACACUGAUGAUUCGGAUAAUGAAGAAAUUUUGGAUUAUGGAAUGGGAAGUAAGCAAACUUGCAUUCUUGAGAUUGACGAUAUCCAAGAUUUGGAGUUAUUUUCAAUGCUGAUGGAACCUUCGUCUCCUGAAGGGAUCCAAAUUGUCAAUUCACAAAAUGUUCCUGGAGCUGAAAACAAUUUCGAGCAACUUCGUAAUCUUCAAAUGUUUACUCAAGUGUGGCGAAUGAAAAUUCCUUCUAGUCAUCAAACAAAUAGCAAUUUUUCACGUCAAUUUCAACGCUUAUUGCAAUCCAUAUUUUUUAAGCUCCGAGGUGCAAUCCCAUGCACAAUUUGUGAGAUUCAGUUCCAUUUAGAUUUGCCAGCAGAUGAAAUUCAACUAUUGAUAACAGGAAUGGUUUUAAAAGCCACAAAAAUAAAAUGCAAAUUAAUGCAAUCGUUAAGUCAUGAUAGAAGGAUGGAUGAAGAGCUUAUGUUUAGUUUGGAAGAAGAAGAUACAAUUCAGCAAGAUACGCAGACAACAUCAAUUCAAAGUUAUCAUAAUAAACUUCAGAAAAAGAAUUCCGGACAGUCACAAAGGAUGAUGAAUAAAAAUGAUAAAUUUGUGGAAUUGAGUCCAUUAAGUUGGGUGCCAUCGGGAAAAAUUGAAAGAUAUCUGGGAAAUGUGAACUUCUCUUUCAUUAGAGAAACUCAAAAUGUCAGAGAGUAUGGAGGCAUUUGUGGAUUUGUUCAUAGCUUUAUAACUGAGCUUUUGGCGAUUGUUCGAGCUCACAUUUCUGCACUUGGUGGAAAUCUUCUAUUGGCAUUCUAUAUGACAAAACUGGUCUUGAUCGAUAAUCCGCACAAAAAUCAGGCACAAUGUUUAGUUCAAGUGGGAGGUGAUGCUGUUUAUUGUUCUUAUUCAGAUGAAAAUUAAAUGAGGCGACUAAAUUUCUGUUUCAUUGAUAAUUAAUUUAUUAUAAUCAAAGUUACUUUAUUAUGUUUAAAAAUAUGGGGAUAAAUAGUGUACUCAAGUAUCGAAUGCAAUAAUAAAAAUUUCAAUAAAUGUACAUAUUUAAAGUUUACAAAUAUAGAUUGAAUUUAGUAUAAAAGAACUUAGGAUUGUGUUGAAAUGCUUAGUUAUGAGCAUUCAAAUUCUGUAUAUUCAAUUCCUUCGAAUAAAUAAUGUGUUGUU